AUGUCAUCCUCAAAAGGUAAAGGUCGCGCGGAACAUUUACAAGACGAACCAGCCCAAGAUUCCUCAACGCAAGAAUCAUCAUCUCCAUCCCUCCUUUCCCGCGUAGCAGCCUCGGCUACUGGUCUUACACGGGAUGCCUUCAUAACACCAAAUCCAAACGAAUUCAACCACCAAGCAGCUUCAGCUCUUUCAAACUCAACCAAAUCCCAAUCUGUCCCAAACACAGGAGCUUCCAGCAGUACCUGGACAGAAAGCUCCAGAGCAUCACAAGUUCCAUCAAAUACCCAAGCAAGUUCUUCGGGCUUGAGAGCCGGCCACAGUGAACAACAUACUCAAAUAUCAGAAAAUGAAUUCUCGAACUUCCUCGAUGGAAUAGAUUCAUUUGUCCCCUCGGAAGGCUUUGGAGAGAUUCCAGAAUCGGAAACAAGUAAAGGUUUCGACGAGGCAUGGGAGCUAUCUCAUCACAAGCCAAUCAGCAGGACAGUAACAGAGCAAGAACAACGAGAUGGCUCCGAUGUCCUAGCCAUCCUUUCCGAUCCCAUUGCCUUAGACUCUCAAAUGGAUGAACCGCCACCUCUGUAUGAAGAUGACGAAAAUUAUGACUGGGGACUCACAUCUGCUCAAAUCACAAAGCUCAGAGAGAUCACAAAAGACAUCCUGUCAGCUCCUCCACAACACACAAGCCCCUCCGUUGAUAACCCACUCAACCUUCUUCCGGAUUUCCAAGGCCAGCAAGGUGCAAGAGAGCAAUAUAUCGAAGAAUGGGAAGGCGUUCUGAAUCGGUACGCAGAUGAGGUUUGGGGCGGUCUGGCACCGCUUGUGAGAGAGGCCAGGAAAGAGGUUGAGGAGGCGAAAUCAAAUCCAGCGGGAAAUGAAGAGAAAAGGGAGAUGAAAGCGGUCAGGAGACUAGGUGUUAUAUUGGGACACUUGGCACAAGGUUGA